AUUUCUGACAGAAAUUUGAAAUGUACUGUUCUGUUGAUACUUGGUAUAUUUAAUAUUCAAUAAUUGUGAUUGUUGUGUAUUACUUUGUGGGCACAUUAGAGUUUAAUAUUAUGAUUGAAAAGGACAAGUAAUUUUUUAUACGUUCUUGUAGUAUAUAAUGAUGGACCAGUCAUACUCAGAAAGCGAUGUAUCGAUAUCUCCAUCACAAAUUUUAGAUCGUUUACAAGUGCUCAGGCAAUUACAAAUUUUACAACGCGGUAAAUUGCAAAAGCAUCGUCUCCAAUACGAAAGUUCUCCUGAAAUAACUUCUAGUAUCACUGAAAUCGUUAGUCAAUUUAGUAACAGUACAAGUUAUAAUACUUUCCGAAGUUUGUUGCAGUCUUCUCAAGAAACAAAUGAAGUAUCACAUUCGAACAUAACUCCUUUAUUUAGAAAAGAAAACUUGCAAAAUGUUAUUGAAGGUGUUUCAGUGUUGAAUUUAUCCGAAGAAUCUGAAUUUAUUGCUAAUUCUGUUUCAUCCAGAAAUUCAAGUUCACCAAGACUGGAUAGCGAAAAAUCUCAUAAUAUUGUGGAACGAAAUCUUUCAAAAAAACAAAUAUCUUUAGAUGAAAUGCCUAUACUGUCACCAAAAAAAGAUUUCGAAACUUUAAUAACAGAGAAGUUAAAGAAUGAAAAAAAGAUUAUAAAAGAAGUACCCACUGAUUUAAACCAGAAGAAAAGUACCAAAAAGCCAUUUCUUAGGAAAGGUGAAGGUAUGGGCCGAUUUGGUAUCCAGAAAAAUGACUUGGUCAUACAGAAUACAAAAUCAUUACCUUGGAAAAGAAAAAAAUCUGGCAAUAAAACAGUCUCCAAAGUAGUUAAUAAAAAGUCUAAAAACAAACUACCUGGAAAUGAUAACAUUAAAAUACAAAUAUUAGACAAAGACACAACAGGCUUAAAAGAAGAUAGUCAUCAUGAUUCAUUUAAGAAAACAAAUAGCAAAGUUGACAGUGUUCUUAGUCCAAAAGAAAUAAUAAGAGAAACAGAACAAAAUGAUCAAACAUCAAGUACAUCUACUAAUCAUUUAUCUUCAAAAAAUAUAGAGACACUUGCUAUUAGUAAACUGAAACAACCUCUACAUGCUAGCCGAGGCCAAACAUGGGCUUCAGUAUUUACCAAAGAGCAGGACGACUUCUUGAGACAAUUAAAACAAAGUGAGUAUUAUAAAAAUUUUGUUUCACCAGCCAAAAGUACACUAUCGGAUAUAAGCAGCAACGAAAAUCUAUCCAGAUUAAAACAGGAUAGAGAAAUCGCUGAACAAAAUUUAUUUGAACUAAUUGAGAAUAAAGUCACUCAUGAAAGUUUUAGUAUAGACAAUUCAUUCUUUAACCGGUUUUUGAAAAAGAGCAGUAUGGAUUGUUCCGGUGAGAGUACUCCACUAGUAAUGCAGAAAUGUUUGAAUAAAAAUCCUAAUUUAAUGCAUAUAUUGCCAGAUGUAGCAUCCAGAAAAAGAAAUGAUAACUCAUCCAGUGAUCUUGAAACAUGUAACAGUGAGUGUACAGACUGCAGUGAAAACUGUUCUGUAUCAAGCUGCUGUUCAUGCCAAACUAUCACAGAAGCAAACAUAUCUGUAAGUUGCAUUAAAGAAGAUAAAAUCAAUGAAAAAGGUGAUACUAUAAAAAUGCAAAGAACUAAGCCUAACAGACAAAUUAAUGAAGAAAAAGAAAUAAGUCACAAUGACACACUGACAGCUGAAAAUGAAGCAAUGAAUUCAAACAUGGCAGAGAUGAAUGCUAAGCUAAUAGCCACAAGUGAGCUUUUAAAAGAUAGACUCAAAGAAUUAGAGGAUGAAAUUGAUACAUUUAGAAAAGAGAAUGCCAAUUUGACUAGAAUGAGAGAAGAAGUUGAUAUAGAACGUCAAAAGUUAUUUGAAGAGAAAAAUACUUUCGAACAAAAAUUUAACGAAGAAAAAAUUCUAUCAGAAUAUUAUUUAGCUGAGGAAAAAGAAAAACUUAAUAAACAAAAACAAACAUAUGAAAGAUAUGUGAGAGAAAUGAGAGGAAGAUUAAAUAAAAAGGAAAAAGAUGAGGUAAUCAACUUGAAAAAAGAAAUUCAAGAUUUGAAAGAUGAAAUAAGAAUCAAAGACGCCAAAUCGACAUCUACCAUAGCUCGACUACGUAAUCAAAUAAAAAUAAUAGAAAAAGAUAAAAAAAAUCUUGAAGAUGAAGUAGAAAAACUGAAAAAAGAAAAUAAGAGAAUACAACAUAGCAAUGAUAUAACACGAAGAUUAACUAAUCUUAAAUAUCUCGAGCAAAUAAAUAAAAAACUUUCUACUAUGACUUCCAAGGAUUCUAUACCAGAUGUGCAAUUAGAUUCAAACAUAAAAUAUAAGGCAUUUGAAAUUGAAAGACAAAGUAGAAGUAGAAAUAGGAAAAGUUAUCCUAAUAAUGCAAAAGGUAUGAUGAAAAUGAGGGCAAAAAGUGUGCCAAACCUGCAUGUUACUUCCAGAUAUGCCAAAUAUUUUAGUCAAAAAGACUCACUUAGUGAUAAAAAUAAAAAUAUGGAACUAAGUGAUAAUAUUGACUGUAAUAAUAUAGAUAAUGAUCAUAGUAACAGCAAAAACAAUUCUAAUGAUUUUGAAAUAUCAAACAGUAAUUCUGAUACUGAUGAAGAUAACAAUUUAGAAAAAUUAUAUAAUGAUAGAUUUAAAUCAACAUCCCUAGAAGGUCGAUCAUCAAACGGGUCAGCGCAUUUUGAGCUCUCAGAUAGACUUUCUUGUAAUAGUGAUUAUUUUAUUGAAAAAUCUAACAAGAGCUCUUCAUUGAAAUCUGUAGAUAAAUGUUUCUCAACAAAUUCACAACAAAUAAAUCACUCACAUUCAAGAACAUCUAAAUCACCUUCUAUGCCAUACAAUAGAUCUCAUCAAUCUACAUCACCUACAAACUAUUUUAGCGAAAACUUCAACUAUAAUUCAGAUAACCAUAUUGAUGCUAAUCAUAGAAGUAAAUCACCAGUCUCCAUUUUGAGCAACCAUUCUUCCUCCAGCCUUAGAUCAGGAACUGUUAUAAUAAAUAAAGAAGUAUAUUCUGAUAGGAUUAUUCCUAGCCCAGAACCAAUGUCAAGUAAAACAACCUUAUCAAAGACAAAUUUGAAUCCAACAGAAAUUAGGAAGCCAGAUGGCACAAGAGAGCUUAGAUUUCCAAAUGGCAAUGUUAAGAUCAUGUCGGCCGAUGGCAAAUAUAGCAAGUUUUUGUAUUACAAUGGUGAUAUUAAAGAAAACUUUUAUAACGAAGGUAGAAUUAAAUAUUAUUAUGCAGAAACAAAGACUUUUCAUACUACACAUCCUGAUGGACUGGAAAUAUUGGAAUUUCCUGAUGGCCAAGUUGAGAAGCGUUACAAGGAUGGUUCAUCAGAAAUUAAACUACCAAAUGGAAGUAUAAGAUACUAUGACCCUAAGAACGAACAUGUGCGUGAAGAGUGGCGUUUCCCAGAUGGUGCUUCUUUGACUGUAUCCGCUACUGGUGAACAACGUAUUGUCUUUGCUAAUGGACAAGUUGAAGUUCAUGCCAAGGAUCACAAGCGUCGUGAAUUUCCGGAUGGCAGUGUAAAAUUAGUCUACAAUGACGGCACAGCAGAAACACGCUACGCCUCUGGUCGCAUAAGAAUUAAAGAUAAACAUGGCAAUCUUAUUAUGGACUCUGCUCCUGGUUGAGUAUCGAAUUUGGCUGUUUACUGUGAUUUAAUGUGCCUUUUAUAUUUGGAAAUAAAAUAUAUUUUUAUAAAAGAUAAACGUUUACGCCUGGUUACUACAUUGAAGAGACAAUUUGUUUUGCUAAUGGAUACUUGAAAUGGCAAUGAGGCGUAAUUCAGAAGCUACCGUGGCUACCUAGGCUUGGUCGUAGAUCGUACAGUAUGAAUAACGAAUAUUAUCAGACUCCCGAUUCUCCGAUUACGGGAUCCGACCUUUUACAACGGAACGCGCAGUGCGCCCGCUUGCAGUAGCGUGACCAAAUUUGUAUUGAUGACUUUCAAGACGAUAUAUAAAUAAUUUAAAUUUUUUAUAAUUUUGAAAACCCAGGCACGAAAUGAUACCCGCAGUUAAACAUUUAUACAUGAAUACAUAUUAUCUAGAUAGACAACCUGCUUAAAUCUUAUUACCCUUAUUAAAAUUCUUUACAACGCUCCUUCGUUUGAGAACUGAUUAUUUCGAUAUACUUUGCCAAAGUAUGAAUAUAAUAGCUAGUAUUUCAAUCAAAUAUGUAAAUAUCAAUUAGAUAAUCCUACAACCCAUAAGCAGAACGAAUCGCUUUUCAAUAUAGCAACUGGGCUAUAGUUAAUAAGAAUUAAUAUAUUAUCUAAUGUGACUGCUCUUGUUUACUAGUGUCAAUAAAUUUUGUAUGAUUUUAUAUAUCUAUGUUUGUUAUUUAUUUUAAUAAAUAAGUAUAUAAAUGGAAUAAAAGACU